UCUUCAUUACAAAACCUCUUCCUAUAGUCACCUGAUUGUCUUCAAUAGGUUUGAGGUUGCUUUGAGAAGUUUAAUUUGUAACAGCAAAAUGAACCAUGCAUGUUAUCAAUUGGGGUCUGGUAGUGGAACUGCUAGAAGAACUAAUUUGGAGUUUGGUAAGACACAUGUAGUGAGGCCUAAAGGAAAACAUCAAGCAACUAUAGUUUGGCUGCAUGGUCUUGGUGAUAAUGGUUUGAGCUCAUAUCAGCUCCUUGAAUCACUUCCACUUCCAAAUAUAAAAUGGAUUUGUCCAACUGCUCCUACCCGCCCUGUAGCUAUACUUGGUCGCUUUUCUUGCACUGCAUGGUUUGAUAUGGGAGAACUAUCAGAUGAUGGUCCAGAUGAUUGGGAGGGUUUAGAUGCCUCAGCAGCACAUAUUGCAAAUUUGUUGUCAACCGAGCCAGCUGAUGUGAAAGUUGGGAUUGGAGGCUUCAGUAUGGGUGCUGCAACAGCUCUAUAUUCUGCAACUUGUUUUGCUAUGGGAAGGUAUGGAAAUGGCCUCCCCUACACUCUCAACUUAAGAGCAGUUAUUGGACUAAGUGGAUGGCUUCCGGGAUCAAGGAGCUUAAAGAGCAAGAUAGAAUUAUCACAUGAAGCAAGAAGGAGAGCUGCUUCAUUACCAGUUUUUCUGAGCCAUGGAAUUAGUGAUGAUGUAGUCCUCUACAAAUAUGGAGAGAAGUCAGCCCAAUCCUUGUGCUCAGCGGGGUUUCAAUAUAUAACAUUCAAAUCCUAUGAGGGGCUUGGUCAUUAUACAGUUCCUAGAGAGAUGGCUGAAGUCUCCAAUUGGCUUGGCUCAUGCCUGGGGCUUGGGGGACCCUCAAAUAAUAUGGCAUCAAGUCAUGUUGUAGAAGACAUGCGGAACAAAAACAAGGAAGGUAGAGAAGGACAUCAACACAAGUAGCUAGAUAUCAUGGAAUGGUUCAUAGAAACAUAAUGUAAUAUGGUGAAAAUGAAUUUUAUAGUGACUUUGAAUCUCAUGCAUUUUGUUGACUUCAGACUUUUUUCAUGAGAGAAAAGUGAGAAAGUGAUCCAGAAAAAUAAAGAUAUAGUGAGUUAUACUCAUAUGAGAAUGAUAGAUAAAAUGGUUGGGUGUAUUUUCCACCACAUAGGUAGAGAAUCUAUGUCGUAUGAUCUAUUAAGAAAAUCGAUUGUAUGGAAGUUUUGUCAUAUUGAAAAAUAAAUAUUUAAGAGUAGGUUUGGUAUCACGGUGGAUCGCUGACACAUCCACC